AUGGGCAGCAGCAAGCCAGCCUCCAAGCGCUUGGGGUCGAGCAAAUCUAGCAAUGCUUCCACUGGCUCCCGCAGCAAGGGCUCGCGGACAAGCUGUGCCACUGACCGGCGGAAGCAGUCGAAGCAGCGCGCCCGGAGCAACUCCAAGCUGUCCGCGAGUGCGCGAGGCUGCUCACUGCCGGGACCAGUGGUGCGAAGCUCCUUCAUCUUGGCAGAGCCCAAGAUGCAAGCUCUUCAGAUGUUUGUGCGAAAGGCACUGGAGCCAUCCAAGGAGCCCACUUUCGAUGAGACAGAGAGCAUGAUGGAGAGCUUUGGGGAUAUCGAUCAGAGCCCCUCACGCUCGGACUGGGAGUCCUUUGAUGCCUCACCUCUUUGCCGAAUGACCUCCAAGGAUAGCCGAAGGAUGUCUGCCUCGAGUCGGCGUAUGUCAGCGCUCACGAAGACUGCCAGUAGCCGUCGGACCUCAGCCACCUCAACACGGCGGCAGUCCACAGAGACAGAUGUCUCAAACCCAUCUGGUCGACUGACAUUUCAGAAGCCCACCCAGGACACUGCCAGCAUCAAGCUAGCACGCCGGGCCUCCAUUUUGCAAGCGCGCUCCGAUGAGACGAGCCGCACCGUGAUGGUCCAAAAGGUGGAGGAAGCGGUGAAGGAGCUUGCUGAAGCUGCGCAGCAGCCACAUCCCUAUGCCAAGCGAGAGGUCCAGAUGCCGAAGCCCAAGACGGACUCAAAGGACUCCACCCUGCGUAGCUACUUCUCCCCUGGCUAUGCGGAGCUUUGUUCAAGCGAAGAGCGGCACGAGCUACGGCGGUUCUAUGACACCGAGCCGGCGCAGCAGCACUUCCUGAAUCGAGCUGGCCAUUCACUGCAGAGGCUUUUCAUCGACUUCGACUUGGCCAAAAACUCAGGAGGCGAGCUUCAAAUGCACGAGGCGCGCUGCAUCCAUGGCGAUCGGCUGGGGGCCUGGUACGACACACACGUGGCCAAGUGUGAACCUCGAGAGCCUCCUCCCUUCCGUACUGUGAUUCCAUGGAUAUUUUUGACGGAAGAUGAGAAGCCACCGCCUGGCUCGAUGCGCCCGCGGAGCGCUUUUGCCCGCGUGCGAAGCGUCUACGCCUGUCGCCGGGACCUGCAGCGGGCACAAAGCGCGGCGGAGGCGGCACGCGGGGCGCGCCCGCAGAGUGCGCCGCUGACGCAGACAGCCACGGCGCCCAGCUUGGAUACUUUGGCAAGGUGA